GUGCCACACUGUUCCACUGUUCCACCAUGCUGUUCUACACUGUUCCACCACGCUGUUCCCUUGUUUCACCACACUGUUCCGCACUGUUCCACCACACUGUUUCACUAUUCCACCAAACUGUUCCACUGUUCCACCGUACUCUUCCACACUGUUCCACAGUUCCAUCAUGCGAUUUCCCUGUUCCACGACACUGUGCCACCUCACUGUUCCAAUGUUCCACCAUACUGUUCCACUGUUCCACUACACUGCUCCCCACUGUUCCACUGUUCAACACUGUUCUACCACACUCUGUUACAAUGUUCCACUGUUCCACCAUGCUGUUCUACACUGUUCCACUACGCUGUUCCCCUGUUGCACCACACUGUUCCACACGUUCUGCCACAGUUUCACUGUUCCAUCACGCUGUUCCACUGUUCCACUGUACUGUUCCACGGUUCCACCAUACUGUUCCUCACUGUUCCACCAUGCUAUACCCCAGCUCCACCACACUGUUCCACUGUUCCAACAUACUGUUCUACCAUACUGUUCCACAUUGUUUUACCAUACUGUUCCACCACACUGUGCCACACUGUUCCACUGUUCCACCAUGCUGUUCUACACUGUUCCACUGUUCCACCGUACUGUUCUACUGUUCCCCCGUACUGUUCCACUCUGUUCUACCAUACUGUCCCACACUGUUCCACCACACCCGGCAACACUGUUCCACUUUUCCACCAUGCUCUUCCCUGUUCCACCACACUGUUCCACACCAUUCCACUGCACUGUUUCACUGUUCCACCACACUGUUCCACUGUUCCACGGUACUGUUCAACACUGUUCCACCAUACUGUUCCAUACUGUUCCACACUGUUCCACCACACCGUGCCACACUGUUUCACUGUUCCACUGUUCCACUGUUGCACUAUGCUGUUCUACACUAUUCCACCACACUGUUCCGCACACACUGUUUCACUGUUCCACCAUACUGUUCUACUGUUCCACCGCACUGUUCCACACUCUUUCACCACGCUGUGCCACACUGUCCCACUGUUCCAUCAUGCUGUUCCCCUGUUCCAACACACUGUUCCACACUGUUCCACCACACUGUGCCAUACUGUUCCAAUGUUCCACCAUGCUGUUCCCGUGUUCCACCACACUGUUCCACUACACUGUUCCAAUGUUCCACCAUACUGUACCACUUCCACUGUUCCACUACACUGUUCCACACUGUUCCACUGUUUCACCAUACUUUUCCACACUAUUCCACUGUUCCUCCACAGCCUGCCACACUGUUCCAUUGUUCCACCAUGCUUUUCCACACUGUUUCACCACACUGCUCACACUGUUGCACCACACUGUUCCACUGUUCCACCAUACUGUUCCACUGUUUCACUGUUCCACUGUUCUACACUGUUCCACCAUGUUCCACAGUGUUCCACCCUGCUAUUAUU